AUGACGGUGUGCCUUGCUACAGGCGCAUCCGAGACAGUGAACAAACGUGAAGUUGGAAUCCACUACACGCUAGAAGGAAAACAGUACGAUGAUGACUCUAUCGUGUCAGAUUUGGAUGACAAAUUUGAUGGCAUCCUUGGUCUGCCAUGGCUUAAAAAGUACCGGCCAUGGGUUGACUGGCAGCAUCGAUCCGUGAAGAUGCCUGCCGUUUGUUCAUCGGGUCUCCAUCUGAUGAGCGUCUUGGAGCGUCCACAAGCGUGUGGAUGUACUACGAGUGAGUGCGAUGGCCUCACUUGUGGUACGGACGUUAGUACGAUUGCACAAGCUCACAGUGUAGAAGGCCACUACACUGUGGAACCAGCUUCCGGCACCUGUGUAGAGACACAGGCUGCGCCGAAGGUUCACCACUCGAAAAGACAGAGUGGACUGGAACACGAAUGCACACCAAGAAGGUUGCAUCCGAGAAGAGAGACCAGUGUUGUUCAGUAUGGACAACACGUUGAAGCGAGAUCGACUAUCAGAGAGUCGAUCGUCGAGCAAGCCCGCUCGACUGAAAGAGAGUCGAUCGAAGAGGACGUGACCGUGAUAGUACCCGUAUCGGAAGAAAGUUCCGGCGUUCCUGAGAGCAAUACCGUGAUAGUACCCGUAUCGGAAGAAAGUUCCGGCGUUCCUGAGAGCAAUAACUCCCUAAAGAAUUAUGUUGAAGGUGUAUCCCAACCACCUGCGAAUGUGUUUUCCCAGAGAAUCACCGAGACAGUGAAUGUCUUGGUGAAUGACGGAUCAAGUGUAGGCGCUUAUGCGCUUGAUCUGGUUACACCUCCGAAGUCAGCUUCGGAAGUAAUCAAGUUGCCAACGCUAGAAUUCUAG